AUACAUAUAUGUAUAUAUAUAUAAGCCUCCGCUUUCUUCAACCCCUGCUCGAGCUUUCGAUUCUUAUUCUUCUUCUUCUUCUUCUGUUCUCAAUCCAAUCAUGGGACACUCUAACGUCUGGAACUCUCACCCCAAGAGCUAUGGGCCCGGUUCUCGCACCUGCCGUGUGUGUGGAAACCCCCAUGGUUUGAUCCGAAAGUAUGGUCUCAUGUGUUGCAGACAGUGCUUUCGUAGCAAUGCCAAGGAGAUUGGCUUCAUUAAGGUAACAAAGAAACCUUUUUUUUUUUGGGAUUAUCAAUUUAGAUUUAGUCAAACGAUCUUGUGCUUAUUGCUUUGAAUUUCUUCUUCUCAAUUUUUUUUGCAGUACCGUUAAGAGGGAUUUGACUUACAAUUUUCACAGUGGGAUGUUUUGGCUUAAAGAACAAUCUUAUUAGUUUUUGUUUUUUUUGUUUUAGAUCUCUUUCUUAAGAAGAAAGAUUAUCCUUUUCAAUGUUUUAGUUUGUUACAUUGUUGAACAUGAAUUUGAUUUGGAAUAUGUUUUAGUAAAAGUAAAUUUAUAAGUUCAUUGUUUCAUACUUCA